AUGUCCUCCAAACCUGUUAUCAUCGCAUUGAUGGGUCCUACGGGAUCAGGGAAAUCCAACUUCAUCAACCAACUCACGGGAAGAAAAGAGGACAAUUCAGCACAUGGGCUCAAAUCGGAUACGCAAGGCAUUAGAGAAUUUACAGUCAAUCUUUCCAACAACCGACUAUACGUGUUCGUGGACACCCCGGGGUUCGAUGACACUUAUCGAUCAGACCGGGAUAUACUGCGUACGAUUGCUGAGUGGCUAGAGAAGAAAUACCGCAACGAGGUCAAACUGACCGGCAUCAUCUACACGCAUCGCAUAACAGAUAAUCGGAUGUCGGGAUCAGUAUGCAAGAACCUUGACAUGUUCAGCCGGUUGUGUGGAGACAAGGCUGCCGAGCGUGUGCGAUUGGUGACCACUAUGUGGGACAAGGCGAAAGAUAAGAAUCUCGCAAAGAGCAGAGUGUCGCAACUAGAGACAAAUUUCUGGGAGCCGCUACUUGAAGCAGGGGCUCGCCAUGAACAAUUCGAGAACUCUUCAGAUUCCGCGUGGAAAAUUGUUCGAGGUUUGAUGGGGGAAGGGGAGGCCGUUUUGCUUCAGGAGGAACUGGUGGAUGUGGAAAGGAAGCUAAACGAGACGACUGCCGGGAAAGCCCUCUACUCGCAAUUUCAGAAGCUCUUGCAUGAACAAAAGGAAACAAUCAAACAGCUGCAGGAGGAAGCCAAGGCGCAGAAAGAUCCAGAGUUGGUGAAGCAGCUCGAGGCGGAGCAACGGCGCUUGGAAGCUGAACUGCAGAAGACGUGGGAUGACAUGGACAAACUGAAGAUCCCCUUCUUCAGGCGCUUAGCACUGCUCUUUUCUAAAAAGCCACAAUCUCGUAAGAUCGAACUAAGCCUGCCAGGUAACUAA